AUGGUUGCUCCCCGAUCGCUGUCAGCUGCUCUUACUUUCGGUGGGCUGUCGUUUGAUGAGUGCAGACACGUGUUCUUCUCACCCAAUGGCAGCCGCCUUCCUGCUGAGCUCGAGGCGACCCUCUCCUGUGACUCUCGCCCUGCUGCCGUUGCUUCUGCCCGUGCUACUCUUCUUACCCCUGCUCCAGCGUUUGAUUCUGCUCCUAUCCCCGCUUCUGCAUGUGAUGGUGUAACUAUAUCCGCUCCUGCUGCGUUUGAUGCUGUUUUUCUCCCUGCGGCUUCUUCUGCGUUCGGUGCUGCUACCCUCUCUGCCUCUACUGCGUUUGAAGCUGUUGCUCUCCGCACUGCGGCUGCUGGCGGUGCGUGUCAACCUGCUGCUCUCUCCACUGCUGCCAUGGUCAGUGUCGCUGUCUCCUAUGCCACGGCUGCUUUCUGCAAGCUGAUGAGGGAAACAUCACUCUGCCCUGGCCCUCCUGAGUCUUCCCUCUGCCACCUGUCAUGCGACGUGGCCUUGUGCUCUCCCGCCCCCCGCCUGCCUGUGGGGAGAGAGCCGCAGGGGCAAGGGCUGGUAGCCUCCCUCUCCGAGCCAGUGCUGCUGGAGUGGCCUCUGGAACAAGGAAAGUGCGGGGGGGAGGGAGCACCUGCCGAAGCCAUUGCUGCUGCCUUUUCAUUCCCCCCUUUUCCCCCUAGUAGCCGCAAGGCAAAUGCUUCUGAAUCCGAGCCCAAGAAGCUCAAGCUUGCAACCUCCUUCACCUUUGCCAUGCUCUACGUUGCUGCAGGCGCAUUUCAGAGCUUCGGCCGAUCCCAUGAUUGA